UGUGCCUUUCGUGUGGCUGCCAACGAUCACUAAUCCGUGCGCUGUUUCGCCAUUGCAAUGGCGAAGCAUGGCGGCCUCAGGCGCCGGCGCUGUUCUGCCGCUUUCACAUGCUGAAGCGAUUCGUUACAUCGAGAAGGACUUGCUCUGUGGGAUCCAAGGAGCCCGGAGCAUGCGGCUACUGGAUGACUGUGAGCCUACAGCGGAGUUGGUGGAGUACUUGAGGGAGGUGCUCGUGAGCAGAGGCUACUUAGCUUCAAUUAUACAAGAAUCUUUUCUUAAGUAGAUGCCUGUGACUUUUGGAUUAUAUACCUGAACCUGAUUCUGCUUGGCUUUUUAUUUUGGGGAGGAUGCCGCCCAAUGAACGCAGAACAAGGUAAGAGCACAAAGGACUGGCGUUGCAUCAUGAACAAACGGAUUGGCCUCUCUUACAGAAGUUGCAGCUUUGGCUUGGUGUGGCUGGACGACAAGCUUGAACAGGUGCACCGUACCGCAACCCAGCUGGGCAUCCAGCGGCACCUGCCGCUGCUGGCGGCCGCGCCCGCGUCGGACGCCGCAGCGGCGAAGAAGCUGUGGGCGGCUGCACGGCAGCAGGUGGCCUUGAACUCCUCCUUCGUGGUGAAACCACGGCAUGGCUCCAACUCCAAGUACGUGGCCAUGUGGCCCUGCCCAGCCCAGGCCAAUGAAGAGGCCAUCCUGGAGAGCAUUGAGGCCGCAUUAUGUGCCGAGGAUCCAUCUUGGCGGAGAGAAUCUUGGAACCAAAAUGCAGUGACCAAAGGCGCUGUGCUGCAGCCGCUCUAUGCUUUGAUGGCCGAUGUCCUGGAGACGGGGGAGAAGGACUUGACCAAGUUGCAGAAACCCUUGGAAUUGAAAGUGCAGGUCUUGUUUGGUGAGGUGGUGGGCGCAUGCUUAAACUCUCACCCCAUGUAUUUGUGGGUGACCCGAGAUGGCGAGGUGAUUCAGUGGGAUCCAAAAACAAUAGGCCUCUUGAAGAAAGGCCAUGGGCUUUGGGAAGAUCUCCCUCCCCAGAUUUUCUACCUUCUCGUGACGUCUUUGUCUGAGCACUGGCCACAAAUCCGUCAAGACUCGGAAGCGGUGGCCCACGGCUUGGAUGAACUGCGGGUCGAUUGGCUCUUGGGGGAUCCAGUUUGGGGUCCACGAAUCGGAGAGUUGACCUACAUGGGAACCAUGGCGCUGGAUGUCUUCCCCGUGUCCUGGCGCUUGGCCAAAGCCUUUGCUGCAGCCCACUUGAGCCGACGUGAAGACCGACGACUGGAGCCUUUCGGGUAGAGCAAGGUUGGAGGAUUCUGUGAUGGAGUGCACUAGCUUUUUUGUAAGCAGGAAGCGGCAGUCUCUGUCAGACAAAGAUCUGAGAGUUGUCUAACUAGACAAAGCCAGAUCUGUGGACUGUGUGUCCUGUGUGGCGUCACGACUGGCGAUGGCGAGAAAGGUUCGACUUGCAUGCUUAAAUCCAUG